AACUGAUCACAACCUUACCCCAGUUGUCAAGUUUGUGUAUUUAUGUAAUUCAAAAAUAUAAAAAAUUCUAAAUUAUAAUAAAUAAAUUGUUGCAAUAAUACAUAUUCAUUGAUAAUUAUUUUCGGUAUAUCAAAUGGGCACUGUACAUGCUAAGGCAGAUAACAGUCAGGUGGAAGGGGGUAUGUUUGAUUUGGACGAGGCGAACACGAUGGAUCCUAUAUCGAAACCAUCAAUUAAAUUAAACGGAGUCAGGGCAAGAGUGGACAGAGUUCAUGUGGAUGGCCUGAGUCGGACUAAAGACGACAUUAUCAGAAGCACCGUUGACGACCUGUUCUAUGCUACCGACUUCGAAGAUGUCAUACUACGAGCUCAUAAAGUUCGUAGGGCUUUGGACUCUAUGGGCUGCUUCAAGGACAUUGGAGUUUAUAUAGAUGUGUCCAGUGGACCGGGAGCCACGCCUGAAGGGCUAGAGGUGACAUUUCAAGUUAAGGAGCUGUCCCGCGUGCUGGGCGGCGUGAACACGACGGUUAGCGAAAACGAGGGGAAUCUCGUAAUAGGUGUGAAGCUGCCCAACGUGUUCGGUCGCGGGGAGCGCGCCGCUGCCGAGUACAGCGUGGGUCACAGGAGCUCCUCCAACUUCAACAUGUCCGCUACGAAGCCCUACCCUCACGCACCUCUCACACCGGUGGUGACAGCGUCUGUAUACCAACAGAACCACGAGUAUCCGUGGUCCGGAUACAAGUUGCUGGAUCGAGGGAUCCUUCUAGAUGUAGCUUUCAGGACAUCUCCCGCUACGAAACACAACCUCCAGUGGGAGGGGGUGGUGAGGGACACUUCCGUUCUUGGGAAAACUACCAGCUUUAAAGUCAGGGAGAGCAGCGGUCCCCAGGUGAAGUCCGUGCUCCGUCACAUAGUGAGCGUGGAUCACCGUGACGAGAGCGUGUUCCCUACACGCGGCACCUGGGCGCAGUUCACUAGCGAGCUGGCCGGGCUGGGGGGUGGAGUAGCCAACAUCAGGACAGAGCUACAGGCGCAGGGGAAUAAGGAGAUAUAUCCUGGAGUUGUGUUCCAAUUGAGUGGGGCCCUAGGGGUGCUCCACGACGUGUACGGGACCGACAUCCCUGAGCACUUCUACCUCGGAGGCCCUUCGACCAUCCGGGGCUUCGGUCAACGGGGCGUGGGCCCUCACGUUGAGAACCACUCCUUAGGGGGAACCGUUUAUUGGGCGUCUGGGGUCCAUCUAUACACCCCCCUCCCCUUCCAACCCGGCAAGGGGGGGCUUGGUGAAUUGUUCAGAUCACAUUUCUUCAUCAACGGUGGAUGUUUGGCUCAUCCCGAAGAAUCUGGUCUGGCUAUAUUGGAUGCCCUGACGGAGGCUCGGCUGGCGUGCGGAGCGGGGGUCGCCCUACGACUCGGAGGAGUAGCGAGGGUCGAACUGAACUACUGCGUGCCCUUGAAAGCUCGCCAGGGUGACGUCACCGCUCAAGGGAUACAGUUUGGGAUAGCAGCUCACUUCCUAUAGGUUAAACAGCGUACAUGACCCGUAUAAUCGAAUUUAUUUAUCGAAAUCGGAAGCGUGCAAUUCAUUUCUGAACGGAAUUCAUUUGGAACUGUCAACUGUCAAGUUAAAAUAGGUUGUCACUUGUCACUUGACGCCACCGAAGAACCGGUAAAUGAUUAUUAUAAUCGUAAAACAUUUUAUAAACAGGCUAAAUUAUAGAUAUAUGGAGGUAUUCAUGUUUCGCAUAAACUGUAAAAUAAAAGCCUAAUUGUAAUGUAUGGAUAUAGUGAUAGUUUUGUUGAAAUAAAAAAUGUUAUUUGA